GUGUGUUCUUUCCUGCUGAAGACAAUUCUCUUCCUGUCCCGGCCUAGGGUUAGGGGGCUGAGCCUCAGCCUCAUGGGUAGAAUUGGCCUGCCACCCCCGGACUAGACGAGGGGGCUGAGGGUCAGGGUGGGCAUGUGUCAUGCCCUUUGACCUUUAUCGGUCAGGGCUGGGUGAGGGGCUAUACAGUGAGUCUCCCUUUGCCUGGGAGGAGGAAUUCACACUGAGACAAUAGAGCCCUGUCUGUUCUGGCUUGGGGGUGGUGUCCCCCAACCCCCAAUAAAUGCCAUCAAGGGAUGGAGGCAGUUUCUCCUGGUGCCUUGGGCGCCCCUGCCCUUCUGUGACUGCUUUCUUUCCUCAGCUGCUCUUGCCUGCUUGGCCAUGACCUGCCCUUGCUCAGCUCUCCCUGUCCUCACAUUCUCCCACAGUCUGUGUUAGGUUGAAGGGGGGGGUGCUGGUUGCCACUCGAGCCAGAAAUUUCUGAUUUGGGGGCCUUCAAAGGUUAUGUAGGUCCUUCUAAGCAGCUCUUGGCUGAAGAGAGGGUGAGGGAGGCAGGACAGGCAUGAGACUGAGAGCCUUGUGGGAAGGAGCAGAAGUGGGAGACACUGUCUAGGCCCGCCCCCUUGCCUUUUUCCAAGCUGGAGAGGCCCACCCACCAGUCUGGGCGGCUGCUGCUGGGGCUGCAGACUCCCUGGACAGGGAAACAGCCCACAGAGUCUGGAAGAACCAUGGGGCUCAGGGCUGAGCUGGGCGGUUUCCAGAUUGGACUUUCGUUCCUCCUGCUACUGAUGUCAGGCGAGGGACGCAAAGGAGGAGCUUUCAAACAAAGUGUGGGGGUCUGCUCCAACCAGACGCUGGUGGUUCCACUCCGAUACAACGAGUCCUACAGUCAACCGGUAUACAAGCCCUACCUGACCCUGUGUGCUGGCAGGCGCAUAUGCAGCACCUACAGGACCACUUACCGUGUGGCCUGGCGGGAGGUGAGGCGGGAGGUUCAGCAGACACAUGUGGUGUGCUGCCAGGGCUGGAAGAAGCCACACCCAGGAGCUCUCACCUGUGAAGCCAUCUGCUCCAAGCCUUGUCUUAAUGGAGGUGUCUGCACUGGACCGGACCAGUGCGAGUGUGCCCCAGGCUGGGGAGGGAAACACUGCCACGUGGAUGUCGAUGAAUGCAGGACCAGCUUCACCCUCUGUUCUCAUGGCUGUUUGAACACCUUGGGCAGCUUCACGUGCGGUUGUCCGCACCCCAUGGUUCUGGGUUCGGAUGGGCGCACCUGUGCAGCAGGGCCUCUGGAAUCUUCAACAAGAGCCAGCAUCCUCAGUGUGGAGGUACGAGAAGCGGAACGUGAGGAGCAAAACCUGAGGUGGGAGGUUGCAGAGCUGCGGGCGCGGCUGGAGCGGCUGGAGCAGUGGGCCGCACAGGCUGGGGCCUGGGUCCGAGCAGUGCUGCCCAUGCCGCCCGAGGAGCUGCAGCCAGAACAGGUGGCUGAGCUGUGGGGCCGGGGCGACAGGAUCGAGUCCCUCAGUGACCAGGUGCUGCUGCUGGAGGAAAAGCUGGGUGCCUGUGCCUGUGAGGACAACAGCCUGGGCCCAAACUUCCACGGCUGACAAGGAACUCACACAGCAGCCUGGGUCCCUGCUUUAUACAGAAACUGCCUUAUCUGGAAUUGGUAGACGGGGGAUCGACCACCUGACCGCAGAGGCGC